AUCAAAGCAGUGAAGUUGGUCCUGUGGGUUGUUUGGAGACUCUGAUGGAUGACUCUCCACAGACAGUCCACUGUAAGGUUAUCGACAGCGUACAGGCCACCCAUGGUUCCGAUCCAGGGUGCACAGACGUAAAGGGAGGUGGAGAGAGCCAUCAGGGUAAAGACAAACCUAGCUCAGUGCUCCAGCCACCAGCAGGAAGUCUGGAGUGGUUUGCCUCGCUGCAGUUUGGAUCUGCAGAUGGUCCGACCACGUCACAGACAUGGUCCAUGUGUUGAGUAUCUGCGGAGCAGGGGAAGGUCAGCCAGCGGACUCAAACAACAAAUGUAACUCCAGUGAUUCCAAUGACCCAGUCUGCAGUUUGAUUAAUAAUGUCUGCUCAUCCAGCAACGUCUAUCUAAGCGACAAAGGUCACUCUAUGAGGGUGCUAUCUGGCUCCGAGAACAGGUCUGUUUAUGGUGCGCUAGACGUUGACCCAGUGGCUGGAGGAACAAGGGAUGGAGAGCAAGAACAGAGGUUGUGUACACCAGAGAUGAAAACCAGCCAGACAUGUGAUAAGUCAGCCAAAAAAGCACAUAAUCAUUUCAGGACAUUGACC